UUGAAGCGGCUGGUUACUGUUUAACAUCCCCACCCACGUUUCAGUUUGUUUAGUAAAUCGAUCUGAUGCUCGGGCUCAGCCUGGUGCCUUGUCGCCAUUGAGCAAAGUUAAUAUCCCCCGCUCGAGCAUAUGGUAAAGGCUUUGCCAGCGAAACCAACUCAGCUCCCGCGGCCUGAGCAGGACCAGGGGCCCCCCGGGAGCCGUUCCCGGGGGAUGCUGCCGCCGCCCUGACUUGCCGAGCUGCGACGCGGGAGGCAACGGAGCCGCAUCUGUGCCCAGCAGACAGUUCUUCAGCAGAACCACUCAACAUGAACACUGCAGACAAUGGAGUCAGUGGUCUUUGUGCAAUAUGUGGAGACAGAGCAACUGGCAAACAUUAUGGUGCCUCCAGUUGUGAUGGGUGCAAGGGCUUCUUUAGACGUAGCAUACGGAAGAGUCAUGUCUAUACCUGCAGAUUCAACCGACAAUGUGUUGUUGACAAGGAUAAGAGGAAUCAAUGCAGAUACUGUCGUUUAAAAAAGUGUUUUCGAGCAGGAAUGAAAAAAGAAGCUGUGCAAAAUGAACGGGACAGGAUAAGCACAAGAAGGAGCACAUUUGAUGGCAGCAACAUUCCCUCUAUUAACACUUUGUCACAAGCUGAGGCUCUUUCUCGGCAGAUCCCUGUCUCGAGUCCUGGUGCUAGUACUGACAUAAAUGUAAAGAAAAUUGCCUGUAUUAGCGAUGUCUGUGAAUCUAUGAAGCAACAGCUGUUGGUCCUUGUAGAGUGGGCUAAAUAUAUUCCAGCCUUCUGUGAACUACCAUUGGACGAUCAGGUUGCCCUGCUAAGAGCGCAUGCUGGGGAACACCUCUUGCUUGGAGCAGCAAAACGGUCCAUGGUGUAUAAGGACAUUUUACUUUUAGGUAACGAUUACAUCAUCCAUCGUAACAGUUCUGAAGUCGAGAUCAGCCGAGUGGCAAACCGGAUUCUAGAUGAACUAGUCCGACCAUUCCAGGAAAUUCAAAUAGAUGACAAUGAGUAUGCUUGCUUGAAAGCAAUUGUGUUUUUUGAUCCAGAUGCAAAGGGAUUGAGUGACCCAUUAAAGAUUAAGAACAUGCGGUUCCAAGUCCAAAUCAGUUUAGAGGAUUACAUUAAUGACCGUCAGUAUGACUCCAGGGGGAGGUUUGGAGAACUUCUGCUUCUAUUGCCUACCCUUCAGAGCAUCACUUGGCAAAUGAUUGAGCAAAUACAGUUGGUCAAACUGUUUGGAAUGGUUAAAAUUGACAGUUUGCUUCAGGAAAUGUUACUAGGGGGUACGUCUAAUGAUGCCAGUCAUCUUCAUCAUCCAGUACAUCCUCAUUUAGCUCAGGAUCCAUUAACUGGCCAAACUAUUCUCAUAAGUUCAAUGUCUGCUCCUGUACAUACAGAACAGAUCUCAACUCCAGAAACUCCAUUACCUUCCCCUCCACAAGGCUCUGGACAAGAAUACAAAAUGUCUACAAACCAGGCUACAGUCAUAACACAGCAAUCAAUUUUAAAACAAAAACCAUUGUGAUAAUUUUUUUAUUUUUUUGUUUUGUUUUCUUUUCUUUUACAUGCACUAUAUAAAUUGUUAGGACACCUGGAUGGUGGAAACCUCAGGGUAGCAAAUUAGGCCACCCCUUGACCCUAGCAAGUACAGGGGCUGUUCUUAUAAUUCUUCUGUUUCAAAACUCAGAAAGCAAGGUAUACUAUUAUGAAUGAUGAAUUUGCUGUACACUUGGGGAUACUGGUAGUUUUACAGCAUAUGUAUAUUUUGGUAAUGCCUUUGGAUCAUUGAAUUGAACGGGUUCAUUUUUAUUUCCCAUUUGUAGUUGUCAUCUUAAUAUUGUUUAUUUUAGAUCUGUAAGUAAUUUCUUCAUUGAAAUGUCUCUUGGAACUAAUUGUGCUUGUUUAGCUAUGAAUGGUAGAACUUAAGACAUGGAUUAACACAAGCCAAGAGUUCAUAAAUAAUAAAAGAGCAGGUUGUUAAAUAAAACAGACGUAUUACAUUUAGAGUGAAAAUACAUAAUAGAUAGGAGGGUCUGUUCAUUAAAAUAAAUCCUAAUGUGGGGAUACCAGGAUCUUGAAGUCUGACUAUACCACAAGAGUUAAAUGUGUUGAAUGAUAGCUGUCAUGUUUACCUAUCAGUUUAUGUGAAUAUGGUAAAAUGAGAGAACCCGCAACGUGCAGCUGUGUGCUAAAAAUGAAACAUGGGUAUAGGGAAUGACUUUGAUCAUGCACACACACUGUGUUUGCUCACAGUUGGAAUUUGUUAUGAUGAUCUAUUUACUGACUCAGAGAGAGGUUUUCAUGCUAUGCUUUCAUUCAUGAAUUAUUGACAUCACAAGAAAAUUGCUACUUCGCACAGUCUGGUUGUUCAUAAGAGAAAUGAUGUUUCCUUUAAUGGAGACUUUCUCCCCAAAAGCUGUUAAAAAGUGCCAAAUAAUGUCGUCUGCUGGGUUAUUUUAAUGAAAUAACACAUUGGAGUCAGAGAUUCAGCAAAGAGAUGUGACCUGGCCCAAAUAUCUUGGUUUAUUAUAACAUCAUAAGUUCAUACAAUCAUCAUGAAGCAGCUAACUCCCUGACUCCUAAAGUGGUAUACACUCAGGUAUAAGAAAUUUUGUCCUUUUUUGCAAACAUAAAGCCACAAAACCAUGUAAAAGAAUUAGAAAAAGUUUGAGUGCUGACUUGUAAACUCGGAAUGCUUUAAUGAGAAUUCAUGUAACACCAAGCAGUAUGUGUGUUCCUUUAGGGUAUUCUGCAAUAGUUGUAUUUGUAGUUAAAUCUGCAUAAAAUAGCUCUUAUUGUUCGUCUUUUGCUUUUUAAAAAGUGUUUUCUUUUUUAUUGGUUAUUUUGUAUUUUUUAUGAAUAAGCAUAUAUUUCAUUUCUCUGUGGAGCAAUAACGUUUCCUUUCUCGUAUCCUUUAUGAUAUGUAUGAUUCAUUUUUUGAUGGCCUUGAUUGUACUCUCUUCGAUGCCUAGGGAAGGUUUGCAAUUAAUUUCAAUGGAAGCAGGGUUGUGUCCCUUGUACGCAAAUGGGACCAUAGACGCUGACUGCGUGGGUGCUCCGGGGCUGGAGCACCCAGAGAAAAAAAAAUAGUGGGUGCUCAGCACCAACCAACAGUCCCACAGAUCAACUCCUCCCCCUUCCUUCAGUGCCUUCUGCCCACCGGUGGACCCUGAGGAUCAGCUCCUCCCCUUUUCCCCCCAGUGCCUCCUGCCUGCCAGUGAUCAACUGUUCAGCAGCAUGCAGGAGGAGAAGGAGUGCGGGUAGGAGGAGGUGGGGCGCAAUGCAAUAUAUGCUUGAGGGAAGGGGUAGAGUGGGGGCAGGACCUGGGGAGGAGUGGCACUCCCGGGGAAAUCACAGUCGGUACCUCUGUAUGGAACUGAGUCGUUUUUGAAACUAUAAUGUAGCUUUUAGAUGCUGAUAAGUGCUGAACACAUGCAACUCCCAUUUAAGUGACCAUACCUAUUCCUACUCCCACUGAAGUCCAUGGCAAAGCUCCAUUGAGAUCAGUGGGAACAGGUUCAUGCCUACUGACUUGAAUGUGCCAAAUAUUUCAUGAUUGAGGUCUCACCCUGUUUGGGUUCAUUCUGUAAUUUUCCCAGGUACGCUUUGUGAAUGCCUCUAUAACUGACGCAGAGCACAGCUUAUUGUGUUUGUCUAAAAUACAGUGUAAGAACCAGAGAAUGUACAAUAGAAUGUUUUCACAAACUGCCAGAAUGUACUGGAUAAAAACAUAUACUGUAGUAUUUUAUCUUACUAAAGGAUGUUAUCUAUUUUAUACAGUACAUUGCAUUUUUUCAAAUAAGGAAAACACUACUGUAAUUUAUUAGGAUAUGAUGAUUUAUUUUAUAAAUGUAACAUUAUUUUUGUAAACUUAAUUAUGGAAAAAUCAAAAAUGAUUAGCUUUGUUAAACCUUAAAUUAUAUUAAAAUGAAAUCUCCUAUAUGUCUGAACUGUGAUGUCUUGUUUGUAUAUUGAGCAUUCAGGAUAAAAAUGGUUGCUAGAAAUAACCAUCAAUCAUCAUAAUUAUCAAUGCUCAAUAAACAGAUAUAUAAACUAUGUGUAUGUCAAACCUGCCCUGUGGUAACUUUUUGACAAUUUACAUAAUUGCAUGAAAACACUGAUGUCAUUUUAUAUUGUUUAUCAUAUAAAUAACUAUAAAAAAGUUACAAAUCUGCAUCUUCACUAUAUUAAAAUCACAUGGGAAAUAUAUGAUAGCAACACAUUACUUGCCACUGCUGUAGCAUUGCUUUAGUACUAUAUAGCAAUAGUUUUCAGUUUUUGAUCCUGACCCAGAAAAUCAUUCAAGCACAUGCUUAGCUCAAUCCCUAUUGAGGAAAGCACUUAAACCCAUGCUUAACUUUAAGACUGUGCUUAAUAUUAAGCAUGUAAGUGACUACAGUUCUUGGAUAGGGAUAGUUUCCUGAAUAAUGGCCUUUGUAAUCUGUAGAUUUCAAAUUAUUUAAACAGUUUAAUAUAGUAGAAACUUGGUAAUACUUGAAUGUUUAGAAGUAGAUUUUUUCUUUCUUUUUUUUUCCCCUUAAGAUUCCUUGUAAUGUAUUUUAUCAUGUUAUCAGCAUCUGUUCUGUGUUGGGCCAAAUAUUCAACUGUUUGUCUCCUUAUAGGUUGUGUGGGUGAGUGGGCGUUCACUGAUGUUGAUGUUGAAGAUUUUUAGGCCUUUUGAACAACCUGUGUCUGCAAUUGAUGAUUCCAGUUUAGGAAUCUCUGUGCCCUUUCAAUGCUGAAUUGGAUGAAAAGAGGGGGUAAUUUGGACAAAAGAGAUUUUCUCCCUUUUCGUGUAGCUGGAAACACUACUAUAGGGCCUGAUCUAAACUCCACUGAAGUUAAUGUAAUGCCAACAAACCCCGGCCCUCAACAGCCAAGAUCAAACCUGGGAUCUCUGGAGCUUAAUGCAUGAGCUGCUACUGCAUGAGCUAAAAGACGCACUUCUCUCUUAGCCAAGGCUGUAGCAGACUUAUCUCUAGCUGGUCUAGCCACCAGUAGAGGGGAACAGAGAGCCAUACCAAGCAGGAAUGGGUUACAUCAAUAAAAAGCAUCCCACUGAUUUUAAUGGCCUUUCAGUCAGGCUCCUGUUGUAUUAAUUAUAGGAAUAAAUAGACCAAAAGACUCAAAUGUGUUACCAUGACCCUGAAACUUUUCUACAUAAGGUUAAACAAUCUUCAGGGUUCAGUAUACAGUGACCUCAGCCUAUUAAUACCAUGGCAAACACACCAUAAACAUUCUUUUAAACCUUUUAUUAAAGAUACAGAAAAAUAAGGAAAGACAGUAAAAACAGUUGAAAUGUAAAGCGUUAAAUAAGAGUUUCAUUUUAACCAAAUCUCUUGUUCCUUUUCCCUUUAGCUGGGGAGAGUUUUUGGAAAGUAACUGCCUGGUCUGACAGUCUCUUAGAUCAUAAUAGCUGUCUUUUGGGGAAAACAAAAGAAGUCAGUUGAGAUGGUGUCAUAAAUAUACACAGGGCAGCUGUACUGAAUUGCCUUACCUGUAAGGGGUUAAUCAGUUCAGUUAACCUAGUUGACACCAGAGCAGAAGAACCAAUGGGGAAAGAAGAUACUUAAAAAUCUGGGAGGGAUUUUUUGUGCUCUCUUUGUUUUGUUCCCUCUCUGGAUGGAGAAGGAAACCAGGCAGGAAGAAAAUCUGAAAACACAGCUGAAAUGAGCAUCUAAGAUUACAAAAAUUGUAAGUAAGGGCAAGGAAAUGCAUUAGAUUAUCUUU